UGGAUAUGGAGGACGAUUUGAUGACGCUGAAGUAGCACUCAUGGUGAAAAGAGCUGAAAAAUUCAAGAUAGAAGAUGAAGCAUGGUUGGAACGCAACAAACAAGUUAAUAAUUUAGAAGAGUUUGCUUAUUCCGUAAAACACGCAGUUAAUGGGGAAAAUUUUGAGAACGUCGCAGAUGGGGACAAGAUGGAAGUGAUCAAUAAAUGCAAUGAAGUUAUUGCUUGGGUCAAGUUGAACCGAAAUCCUGGAAUUCAACAAACAAAAGAAAAUUUAGAGAAGCUCGUAAAAACUUGCAGACCAGUCUUCUUGAUGAUACCUGGCGGAUCCGCAUUACUUCGCAAACUUGAAAAAUAAUCAAUUUGGUUGUUCAAUGAACAAUGUAGUCAUUUGGAUGUAAAUGAAAAUAUAAUCAACAAUGAUUUGAAAUUUUUUUUGGCAAUGAACUUUUAGUUGUUUUCUGAAAUAUGCGCAUGCUUUAUAUCCAUAUUUCUUCUGUAAUUGUUAUAUUUGUACGUAUUUAACUUUCACAAAUAUUUGUUUUUGUGGUUUAAUGCUUAUUUGAUAAAAGUUGGAAAUGUUGUCUAAAUUAACUUUGCAAUCUUGAAACGCUAUAUUAUUACUUAUCCAUCAUAUCUCGAACCAGGAGUC